AUGCCCAACGAAGAAAAGUUCAACUCUCUACGUUGGCUCGCCGCUUCGCUUUCGUCUUCCGUGGCCAUUGUUGUUAUGCAGAUCACUGAGACAACCCACCCUCCAGCUGGCGCCACAGCUCUCCUUCCAGCAGUGGACGAAGCUGUGUGGGCACUAUCUUGGUACUAUCUACCAGUUGUCUUACUUUCGUCGACUAUGAUCCUGAUGGUGGCUCUGAUCCUCAACAACAUUCAACGCCGUUAUCCUGUUUUCUGGAUCAGCCCGCCUGCCCCCAAGCCUGUCCUUCCACAGACUAGCAACUCGAAAUAG